UGUCCAAGUUAUCUCAUCUACAACUACAAUCCCGAUCAACCCUUUUGCUCUCACCUCUUAGCACUGUGAAUACAUCAAUCAAAAUCUUGUAUUUCUUCACACAACAGGAUCCAAGUUCAACCAUGUUGAGAUCCAUAAGCACUCGGAGAGGCCCUGGGAGGUACGAGAGAUUAGGUAAAGAAUCAGCCACCACUGCACUUUUGAAUGAGGGGUUCAAGAGGAGCACAAGUUUGCCUUCUUGGGGAUCCAAUUCUUCAAGAAAAAUGCCUCUAGCGGACAUCAAUCUUCAGAGAAACCCCACAAAGAAGGCUAAUAAUAAUAGUGACAAGAAGAGUCACCCACUCCUAAGCUUCUUGGCUCUUCGUAGAAAAAAGAAAACAACAGCUAGGCCUGAAUUUGCAAGGUAUCUUGAGUAUCUUAAGGAAGGAGGCAUGUGGGAUUUCAAUUCCAAUAAACCUGUCAUGUAUUACAAAUGAUAGCUAGCUUGCUUCGGGUUUGAAUGCAAAAUGUCAGUGUUUCUUGUAAGAAUUUAUAUAGUAUUUGACUCUCAUGUCAAAUUACUCUGAGAAGAUGUAGAGUAUGGUUGUUUUUUUUUUUUUUUUUUUAU